AAACAUCGUUUUCUUUUAUUCAUUGUAUCUCAAGCACCUAGCCCAGUGCUUGGCCCAUAAUAAGUGCUUAAUACAUAUUUGUUGAAUGAGUGAAUGAGAAAAAAUGUUGCUACUCAAUAUCCAUUUGCCACACUCACAUCACAGGGAAGGUGAGGUCAUCAGGGAUGAAGUCACUAACCAUUGCCUGUCACCUGGCCCAAGGGUGGCCUCACCAUGGACUGGCAGGCUCCUUGUGUGUGUAGGAGGGAUGGAUAGUGAAUGCCAAGGUUAGUUCUAGUGGAGUAAGUCACAAGGAAGAACCCCUGAGGGGUUCACGAGGAUAAACUGGCUGAGAGCGCUACAGGUCCAGCCUUUGGGCUGGAUAAGUGAACAUUUUGGGGUUUGGAGUAAUCUGUUCUGAACGGUGUCCAUGCAGCUUAGUUCUUGAGCACAGUACAAAUACGGCAGAUGAGGAUUCAGAGGGAAGGCUAUUGAGCAAAUAUUUGCUGAGAAAACAAUGGGCCCCUGGUUUUGCUGUUCAUUUGGACUUUACUAAGGAUGCAUUAUUGCCAUAAAUCUUGUGUUUGCCACUCUUGGGUGGGUCAUCUUCAACCAAACUAGCUUCUCUUCUCUAGAUUAGGAGAGUAGUUAAGGCUUCAGUGUUCAGACAGGACUGUUUCUGCAUUUGGAUUUUAAGGAAACAAAGGAGGCCUGAGUGUUCGUUCCAGCAUGUCGGAGGGGGAGUCCCAGACGGUACUCAGCAGUGGCUCAGACCCGAAGGUAGAAUCUUCAUCCUCAGCAACUGGCCUGACGUCAGUGUCACCUCCCGUGACUUCCACAACCUCAGCUGCUUCCCCAGAGGAAGAAGAAGAAAGUGAAGAUGAGUCUGAGAUCUUGGAAGAGUCACCCUGUGGGCGUUGGCAGAAGAGGCGAGAAGAGGUGAAUCAGCGGAAUGUACCAGGUAUUGACAGUGCAUACCUGGCCAUGGAUACAGAGGAGGGCGUAGAGGUUGUGUGGAAUGAGGUACAAUUCUCUGAGCGCAAGAACUACAAGCUGCAGGAGGAAAAGGUCCGAGCUGUGUUUGAUAAUCUGAUUCAGUUGGAACAUCUCAACAUUGUUAAGUUUCACAAGUAUUGGGCGGACAUUAAAGAGAACAAGGCCAGGGUCAUUUUUAUCACAGAAUACAUGUCAUCUGGUAGUCUUAAGCAGUUUUUGAAGAAGACCAAAAAGAACCACAAGACGAUGAAUGAAAAGGCUUGGAAGCGCUGGUGCACACAAAUCCUCUCUGCUCUAAGCUACCUGCACUCCUGUGACCCCCCCAUCAUCCAUGGGAACCUGACCUGUGACACCAUCUUCAUCCAGCACAACGGACUCAUCAAGAUUGGCUCUGUGGCUCCUGACACUAUCAACAACCAUGUGAAGACUUGUCGGGAAGAGCAGAAGAAUCUACACUUCUUUGCACCAGAAUACGGAGAAGUCACUAAUGUGACAACGGCAGUAGACAUCUACUCCUUUGGCAUGUGUGCACUAGAGAUGGCAGUGCUGGAGAUUCAGGGCAACGGAGAGUCCUCAUAUGUGUCACAGGAAGCCAUCAGCAGUGCCAUCCAGCUUCUAGAAGACCCAUUGCAGAGGGAAUUCAUUCAAAAGUGCCUGCAGUCUGAGCCUGCUCGCAGACCAACAGCCAGAGAGCUUCUGUUCCACCCAGCACUGUUUGAAGUACCCUCACUGAAACUCCUUGCUGCCCACUGCAUUGUGGGACACCAACACAUGAUUCCAGAGAAUGCAUUGGAGGAGAUCACCAAAAACAUGGAUACCAGUGCUGUACUGGCCGAAAUCCCUGCAGGACCAGGAAGAGAGCCAGUUCAGACUUUAUACUCUCAGUCACCAGCUCUGGAAUUGGAUAAAUUCCUCGAAGAUGUCAGGAAUGGGAUCUACCCCCUGACAGCCUUUGGGCUGCCUCGGCCCCAGCAGCCACAGCAGGAGGAGGUGACAUCACCUGUGGUGCCCCCCUCUGUCAAGACUCCAACACCUGAACCAGCUGAGGUGGAGACCCGCAAGGUGGUGCUGAUGCAGUGCAACAUUGAGUCGGUGGAGGAGGGCGUCAAACACCACCUAACGCUUCUGCUGAAGCUGGAGGACAAACUGAACCGGCACCUGAGCUGUGACCUGAUGCCAAAUGAGAACAUCCCUGAGUUGGCGGCUGAGCUGGUGCAGCUGGGCUUCAUUAGUGAGGCUGACCAGAGCCGGCUGACUUCUCUGCUAGAGGAGACCCUGAACAAGUUCAAUUUUGCCAGGAACAACACCCUCAACUCGGCCGCUGUCACAGUCUCCUCCUAGAGCUUACUGGGUCAGGCCCUGACCUGAGCUGUGGCUGCCACUGACCGGCAGCCUUCCCGCCCCCUCCCCCCAGUCAGUAUUACCCUGUGAUGCCCCCUCUCCUUUGUUCUCUAGGAGGGCUUUGGGGCUCCCUGGUUCUGAGCAUCACCGACCCCUUCCCCUUCUCUUCCUCCCUCUGCACUUUGUUUACUUGUUUUGCACAGACGUGGGCCUGGGCCUCCCCAGCAGCCGCCUCGUUGGGGGCUCGUAGCUGAACUGCCGGCUCCUGCCCAGCCUGUGCGGAGUGGAGGCCCAGGUCGCCCCGGGGAGCUGACUUCUACGAUCCCGCUGGGGCGGAGGGGGCGGGAGAGGGUGGUGCUGCCGUGGUGGCCCGGGGGCCAUUCAGUUCGCCUCAGUUGCUGCUGUAAUAAAGUCUACUUUUUGCUAAAA